AUGAACGAUCUCUCUAUACUGGAAACCGCGCAGAAAUGGCGACGCCCUCGAUACUCGGCGCGGCCCUUCGCCCUCACAAUACUUGCAAUCACUCUUAUCUCGUUGCUUGCAUGGGCGAAAGGGCCGGCGCAUAAAGGAAGCCUCUCUGCUGGGAAUACGCUGCGCAAGAGGGAUGUAUCUAUGUUAGACGAAGAGUGUCGACUGGUCCAUCAAGCGGCGGAUCAAUGCGCUUUUGUGCUGGCCAACUGCCCCGACGAGGAAGCGGGUGUCAUUUCCUACCUGACGUUCUACUACUGCCGAUUACCGCAUGCCAAACCCGUGGCAUUCGUGAUAUUGGCGCUCUGGCUCGGCAUGCUCUUCAGCACCAUUGGAAUUGCGGCGAGCGACUUCUUCUGCGUCAACCUCAAUACCAUUUCGCUCAUGUUGGGCAUGAGCGAGAGUCUGGCUGGCGUUACGCUGCUUGCGCUCGGAAAUGGUAGUCCAGACGUCUUCUCUACUUUUGCGGCAUUCCGCACGAAUGCUGCGAGUCUGGCUAUUGGUGAGUUGAUUGGCGCUGCAUGCUUCAUUACAGCGGUAGUAUCGGGCUCUAUGGCCUUGAUCCGCCCAUUCAAUGUCGCACGUAGGAGCUUUGUGCGAGAUGUUGCAUUCUUCCUUAUUGCCGCAGCAUUCAGCAUGGGGUUCAUUGCAGAUGGCCAGCUUCACUUAUGGGAGUCUAUCACCAUGGUCGCAUUUUACAUCUUUUACGUCGCAUUCGUGGUUGCUUGGCACUGGUGGCUCAAUCAGAGGAAGGCCAGGAGACUGAAGGCGGCCGCAAUGAGGAGCCAGUACAUAAUUCCUGGUGACGACGAGGAGGAAAUACCAGAGUAUCACGACGAGGAGACAACAGCAGGUAGCACAACUCCGGGUCGAGGCAUAUCCGUGGACGACUUUUCAGCGCUUGAACGCGCAGGUGGAGGGGGCUCUAUAGAUGAAGAUGACAACGAAGAAGAACGCGAACGGUGGAUGGGAGAGUUGACCAACAACAUGCGCGUUAGUAGGCCAAACAUUACGUCUCGACGAAACACCCACACGCCCAUCCGGCCCAGCUUGGUAGGAGCAUUGGAGUUUAGGGCUGUGCUCUCUUCCCUACAGAAGUCUAGGAACAUUCAGUCAAUGCCUAUCAGCUUACGACGAUAUUCGGACGACCCGACAUACACAACAGCACAGCAACAAGACAACAUAUCGAGACCAUCCGAUCCUGCUGCCCGACCUCCUUUCGACGUGGCAUCGAUUUCAUCGGAUGCUUCGCCACAUGUCAUCAGGCCGAACAUGGAGAUUCAACAAAACAUGGGCAAUCGAGCAAGGGCCGUUUCAACCAACGACAUUGACAAUGUCCGGCUUCACCCGAGCACACUGCAAGAAGGUGUUCCAGACAUCACUUUUGGGCCAGCAACACCCAAUGAGCGCAGUAGACUAUUGACUCCCGGUUACGUACCCCCCACACGAACGUCCCCGCCGGCUUCUCAGCAUAGCUCACGAGCAACAAGCCCAGCUCCACCAAGAGUCAGACAUCCGUCGUAUAACAGGCUGGUGCACGGUGUUACACCAGUUCGCCAAGGCACAGCAUCACCGAGCCCAUUUUCGUCACCGGUGCUGGAACCUGGUGAACGACCCCAACCCCCAAGCCUGAAACUCGCUGUUCCUGAUGCAAUGUCCCCUACUAUACCCUUUCCAGCCUUUAACGAAUACCCUUGGUCGGCCCAUUCUUCCAGACCUCCAAGCCUCCAUGCGCGCUCGCCCAGCGCAUCACCUGAGUCUGUGUUCCCCAAAGAUCCGUUUGGGUUCCAAAAUCAGGCAAGGACACCGAGGUGGUGGCCAUCUAGACUUUUGCCAACACCGAAUAUCCUUCUGUCGACGUUGUUCCCGACAUUGACUAAUUGGCAUGACAAAAGCAUCUUCGACAAGGUCCUGGGGGUUGUGGCCAGUCUUCCCGUGUUCCUCCUGACGAUUACAUUGCCAGUGGUUGAACAGCAAAAGGACGAUAAUGACGGAGGCCAUGCAGAACUUUCCUUGGACUUUGGUCUUCCAUCGCCGCGAACGCCUAUCAAUGGUAGCAUGGACUCACACAGCCGUAGUAUUUCGAUUGUGCUACCACCGGAAAGCUCGGCGGAUAUGAGCUUGUCAAAGGCGAAGAAGGCCACGUCGGCUCACAAAAGAUCACCCAAUGGGGGAUCUAUGAGCACCACUGCCAGUCAGCCACCUGAAGUGUACAUCACAAGUGCAGAUGCCAUUGCCCAGUCACCAGAGCAACUUCCUGCGAUACCCUCGCUCUCGGAACCCAAGCAGUGGAACCGGUGGCUCGUAAUCGUCCAAAUCUUUACGGCCCCCUUCUUCAUUGUGCUUAUCCUCUGGGCCAAUCUCGAGCCUGAUAACCCCCGCACACUUCUGCGACACACGCUCUACUCGCUCGUGGGGUCUUUGUGCGUACUUGCUUUUGUUCUUAUAACCACAACACCAGACCGCCCACCGCGCUGGCGCUCGUUGCUUUGCUUUCUUGGCUUCGCCGUGGCCAUUGCCUGGAUCAGCACCAUUGCCAAUGAGGUUGUCGGCGUUCUUCGCACCCUUGGCGUGGUGCUCAACAUGUCGGAUGCCAUCCUUGGUCUUACCAUUUUUGCGGUUGGAAACUCUCUCGGCGAUCUGGUGGCAGACAUUACUGUUGCGCGCCUUGGGUUCCCAAUCAUGGCGCUUUCAGCGUGUUUCGGGGGCCCGAUGCUGAACAUACUAUUGGGUAUCGGGCUGAGUGGGUGUUAUAUGACGAUUACAACGGGAGAGCACAAGCAUGAGAAACACCCUGAUCAGCCGGUGCGUUUUAAACCGUAUCAUAUUGCUGUUAGCACCACGUUGGUGAUAUCGGGGGCCACGCUUCUCUUUACUUUGGCUGGACUAUUGGUGGCAGUGCCUAUGAGAAGAUGGAAGAUGGACAAGACGAUUGGGUGGGGGUUAGUUGCGGUGUGGAGUAUCAGCACGUUCGCCAACGUCCUGGUCGAAGUACUGGGCUACAGCAGCGAUGUGAGUUAG